AGGUCGAACGAGACUGUCCCUCAGUCUCAGUCUCACAAUCCGACUUUGCGUUCAGCAACAAAGCAACUAAACUAGCUAGCUCGCAAACAAACAACCAAACAAACCUAGAAAAAUGACACCCUUGAACCUCGGAUGCAUCCCAACAACACCAACCAGCAAGGAAUUGGGAUACGGAGAACCCAGCACAAAAGAUCUUGGCUACGGACCAAGCGAACAAGAAGUCGACCUGGGCUACGGACCAACAGAAGACGUUGGCCUGGGUUACGGGAGCACCGAAGAUCUUGGAUACGGACCAACAACUCUUGCUGGUACUCCAAGGAAAAACACAGAUCCUGGACGGGCAGGGUACCACAGGCGUUGCUCAGUGACAAGAUACUCGCUGCAGUCUUCUUCUGGGAUUUCCAUGCAAGAGCUCGUGGACAAGACAUGCUCCAAUCUGGUAAUCAAGGACAAAACUGGGAUGGACUAUUCAUUCAAAGGGGAACAAGGCGUAGUACCAGAGGACAAUGAAGGAUCGAACAACUAACUAAACACAAUACUGUACAAUAUAAAAUGAUCAAUCCAAGAAUGCACAGCUAACUAAAAUGCGAAGGCAUAAUAUGCUUAGAACCUUACACGGAUGUGGUGUUGUGAUAAAGUGUCAUGCAACUGGUA